UAANAUGCUCCGAGAAUCUUGAUGAGAAGCGUUGAUGAACAUCUGGUUCCUGCUUUUGAUCUUUUGAAAGGUUAUCUUGGAUCUAAUGAGCGAACUAUCGCAUCAAUCAAACGCUUUCCGAGUAUCAUUGCGGAUAUUCGCCAAACACAUUUGAGCGGAUCUGUUAGAAUGUUGCUCGACGCCGGCGUGCGUGAGGAGCAUGUUAUGUAUUUUCUUUUUUACCAGCCGAGAAUGUUCACUAUGGCUCUAGACAGGUUUAGGGAGAUUUUGGAAUAUGUGAAGAAAAUGGGGUUUGAUCCAUCGAAAUCUAGCUUUGUUCAAGCUGUUCGUGCUAUACGAGGAAUGAGCAAAUCGACAUGGGUACGGAAGCUUGGUAUUUACAAGAGGUGGGGUUUAUCUGAAGAACAGAUUCUUGCUGCAUUUAGGAGCCAUCCAUGGUGUAUGACAUUAUCAGAGGAAAAAAUUAUGUUGGCAAUGGAUUUCUUUGUCAACAAAUUAGGUUGGGAAACUGCAGCGGUUAUGAGAAGUCCUUUGCUGAUUUCACUUAGCUUAAAAAAGAGAAUAAUUCCAAGAGCUUCAGUACUGCUGUUUCUGUUUCAGAAAGGUUUGACUAAGAAAAAAACCAUGUUGGUAAAACCAUAUAUGUACACUGAAACUCAGUUCUUGCAGAAGUAUGUUCGUCCUCAUCUGAAAGAGGCUCCUCAGCUAUCGAAGCUUUAUCGUGUAAAUGUGGAUGGUGGGAUAAUCGAUUAUGAAAUUUGA